AUGGCCGCCCCACCGCAGCUGCGGACUCUGCUCUUUGCGGUCAACUCACUGUUGCGCAAGCGCCGCUACCACGCAGCCCUGGCCAUGCUGAAGGGCUUCCGGAACGGGGCCGUCUAUGGAGCCAAAAUCCGGGCCCCUCACGCGUUGGUCAUGACCUUUCUUUUCCGGAGUGGCAGCCUCCGGGAGAAGCUGCGCGCCAUCCUGCAGGCCACGUACACCCACUCCUGGAACCUGGCCAGGUUUGUGUUCUUCUACAAGGGACUCUGUGCCCUGCUGUCCCACGUCCAGGGCAAGACCUACCAGGCACACUCAUUCGUGUCUGCCUUCAUCGGGGGCUUGCUGGUGUUUGGAAACAACAAUAACAUCAACAGCCAGAUCAGCAUGUAUCUGCUAUCCCGCGCCCUGUUUGCCCUGUGCCGCCUGGGUGUGGAGAAGGGCUUCAUCCCCGAACCCAGGUCGGACCUGUUUCCGUGGUUCACAGCGCUGGUGUGGGGGCUGGUCCUGUGGCUCUUCGAGUACCACCGGCCCACCCUGCAGCCCUCACUGCAGUCGUCCAUGACCUACCUGUACGAGGACAGCAACGUGUGGCAUGACCUCUCGGACUUCCUUAUCUACAACAAGAGCCAACCCUCCAAGUAA